GGAAAACGUAAGGACCUUAUGCAAUAGGGUACAGUGCCUCCGAUGCUGCUUACUGUACUGACGGCACUCGCCUUGCUUAAUAUCGCAGCUACAGCUGGCGAAUUAGACACGAGCACUCUUAACAAGUCUGACAAUGGCCACCCAUUUUGCUCGUCUAGCCUUAAGGGUGUUCAGCCUUAUGCCCGCGAAAUUGUUGACUUAACUCAGGCCCUGCAAACGGCCCAUGGCAUCCCAGAUGGGGCUUGCCUUUUCAAUCCAGCACUUAUCCGCGUAGGAGGGAAUGUUUUCAGCACCUUCGUGAGGGUUUACGUUGCAGCGGAUAAAGAGCGUCGAUGUGUUCCUGGGCAAUUUGACAGGGCACCUUUCAUGGAUGACUGGAAUGGUACGCAAGCAAGCAUGCUUGCUGUGUUGCGGAUCCGAAGGAAACAAUCCGGAGGGACACAAACCACCCUCAUGGGGCAUCGGUACUUCAACAUCAACUACGAGGACGGUCGGCUUUUCCGCGACAACCAUGGUCGCAUGUUCAUCUAUCUCGCAGUGCCGUUCGGGGCCUUUGGGGACGUCGCUGCGACAGCCAAUACGGUUUACCGCGUUUACAUCACUUGCCGCCGCUUGCCCAACCUCCUCUGCGACGCAAAGCUGGGACCCCCUCGACUCCUUCGCUACGACAAGAGCCUGGCAUGGGAGAAGAACUGGGUUCCCUGGAACGGGACAACGCUUAUGUCCUAUCCCCAGGCUGGCUCAUUCGGUCCUCACUCCGUGUUCAACUGGUCCUCUUACACGGAGCCUAUACCGCAUACCCGCUUCACCUCAGUCGCAAACCAGACCUUCUUCUCAGUUUGGCAAGCGACGUUUGGAAAGCUUAUUGAGCUGGCAGGGGGCACGCCAGCCAUCUUGGAGCCAUCCCGGGAGUCGUACCUGGCUGUCGGCCAUCUCCGGGUACACCCCGGAUGCCUCCAUCCGCACUCCAUAUCUGGCUUAGGCAAGCUGGUUGGAACCGAUGUCAAGCCCAAUUGCACUCAUAUGCUGGCUUUGCCCAAGCGCAUAAAACUGGAGCUUCCUUUCCGGCCCUUUACUCACGGGCACGCAGAUGGCAACACGAGCAGUCAUUACCUGGUGGAUUUCGCCUUCUUCUUCUACAGGUUUAGUGCGUUUCCGCCUUAUAAUGUGACCCAUCUCAGUCAUGGCAUUUUGCCGCCAUCGGAGGGUCAUGUUGGAAUUGCGUUUCCCAGCGGGCUUGAGCGCCUCGAGGAUGACUACAUUCUGUCGUACGGUGACGCGGACCAGGCAGCCAGGCUUCUGUUCCUAGAGCAGAGGGACAUCGACGCGCUCCUUAUCCCGUUGCCCGACAUGCUUCGGGACAUUUCGUCCUUCUCAGUGUGUACAUUGCCCCUAGCUCCUGCUAAGAAAAGGGCCCCGGGAAUUCGACUUUGAAAACAUAAAGAAGUGCAAGUUGCAUGAGACGGCGUGCGCUAUAUUACGUGCUGUCAGCUCUCCAGGCUUAGCUUGAUGCUGGUACCUCUUGUUAUACGCGGCGGCGGGCGUGUAGUUGCGCAUAUGUGGCAUACUACGGCAUUCCAGUACGGCAUGUACGAUGGGGGUUUUCCCGUGAGCGCCUGAGAGGGGCAUGGUGACUGAGUUUUUUUGGCGAGAAAUAGUUGACAGUUGUAGUUGUUGGAGAGAAGAUGUUGGUCGUUGCAGUUGUUGUGGCGGGAAAGGCUUCAGCGCUGAAUGGGAUGUGCUGGCAGGGGUGGCAUGGUAGGACUAUAAAGGAAGUAGGGUAGGGGUUCGGUGUUAGGGGGAAACCGAAAUGAGGACUAAUAUGUUCAUUGCGAUGUACAAUAAGAGUUGCAAAUACAGCCGCACUGAUUAAGUCAUGAUGGCCUAAUCUACUGCACUUUUGGGUGCAGCUCUGAGCCAAGGGCUUGGUAUUAAACUGCCAUACAUGUCAAUUGCUGUCAUUCUUGUGGGCUGACAAAUGAGGUGAUCAACAAAUCAGAUUGUUUGCUAAGCUGCCUAUGCUUGCCGUGCAGUUACUGAUUCGGCCGCUUGACUUGGCCGUGUGCCGCAACUAUGGUCAUUAGCGUAUGUGGGUAUUACAUUUUGCUGUGUGUUGCUACUAGGAGUCGUUAGUUAAGCAUGUGGAGCGUAUCCACUUGUCGAAUGAGUGGCGCACUGAAACGUAUGGGAGGUUAAUGGCUGAUGGCUAGUCCUCGGAUGGCUCUAGGCCCAGGUGUGUUUCAACAGACGCGUGUAACGAGCUUUCGACUUGUUGCGGAAUGAUAGCAGGAGUUGUUGUGGGAGGAAUAGCAGUAUGUGAAGAGCACCCACGGUACCAGUACCAUCAUGGUCACAGUACUGAGUGAGGAUUGCAAUUCUCCUAGGCCCUGGUCAAGGCCGGAAGAGCACGCCCUAAACAUGACGUGGCUGCAAUGUUGCCGCUGAUCUCGUCAGCUGAAAUAUAUAGAUUGUCCGCAUCGGUUCUAAACGCUAGUGCAGCUGUCAGCUGCGCUAGCAACGUGACCUUGUGGGUAAUCCCUACUACCGUAUUCAUUAGCCUCUUCCCUGGUGUGGUGUAGUCUUAAGCCGGGGAUUACUAUCGUCAUCCACUUUUUCCUUGCUCUUACAUAUGCUAGAGUACGACAGAACAAUUGUUUACGGUGGCAUACUGCACUAUGGGCCAGAGCCUGUAGGGUUUGGGUGACGAGGGAGUUGCCAUGACGUUGUGUCCAGUUGGAUGACGUUGCUUUGGCGUAACUGGCUGUAUUUGUGAUUCCCGGC